UACAAGUCAAGAUUUAGGGAACAUCUCUCCCGCAUCAGCAGCCAGCUUGCAGCGACCCUAUCACUCCAGUAGACACGGUGCGACAACUGCUUGCGGUCACUAUUAGAUAUUGUAUUUGGCCUCCACUAUGGAUACCGACAACGAAGAAGUUACAAUGAAAGAAUCCAAAAGACGACAACGCCAGUCGGGUUCAAGCAGACAUGGUUUACAUGAUAUUGAAGCUUUGGAGAAUGCAGACUCUGACAUUGGCUUGUGUGGCUGGCUGCUGGUCGGUCUCUCCAUUCUUCUCAUGCUGGUUACUCUGCCCAUCUCCAUAUGGAUGUGCAUUAAGAUUGUGAAGGAGUACGAGCGAGCCAUUAUCUUUCGCCUAGGGCGUAUUUUGCGAGGAGGAGCCAAAGGUCCAGGGCUGUUCUUCAUCUUGCCGUGCACUGACAGCUUUAUUAAUGUGGACAUGCGCACCAUCACCUUUGACAUCCCACCGCAAGAGGUUUUGACCAAAGACUCCGUGACAGUCAGUGUUGAUGGUGUGGUGUACUACCGGGUCCAGAAUGCCACUCUGGCUGUGGCUAACAUCACUAACGCAGAUGCUGCCACCCGGCUGUUGGCCCAGACCACCCUGAGGAACGUCCUGGGUACCAAGAACCUGUCAGAGAUCCUGUCCGACCGUGAAGAAAUUGCACACAGUAUGCAGUCCACUCUGGACGUCGCCACAGAUGACUGGGGGAUCAAGGUGGAGCGGGUUGAGAUCAAAGACGUCAAGCUGCCCCUUCAGCUCCAGAGAGCCAUGGCUGCUGAGGCUGAGGCCAGCCGCGAGGCCAGAGCCAAGGUGAUCGCAGCUGAGGGAGAGAUGAACGCGUCGCGGGCCCUGAAGGAGGCCUCCCUGGUGAUUGCAGAGUCUCCGUCAGCCCUGCAGCUGCGUUACCUUCAGACCCUCAACACCAUCGCCGCCGAGAAGAACUCCACCAUCAUUUUCCCGCUGCCGCUGGAGAUGAUGCAGGGGUUCAUCAAACGCUGAGGGGAGGGGGGAGUCUCAAAACACAUAGUCCACACAACCUGCAUCACUUACACUCACACACAUUCAUAAUCAUAAAAAAAGAAAACUCCAACACAAACUAACUAAUCAUUUUCUAUCAACUGGAUUUUUGGUUACUUCAUUCCAAAUUGCCGUUUGGUUGUAAAAAUAUUCUUUAAGAUUAACCAGACCGCUUAAGUAGACACACGGUUGCGUUGCUGUCUUUUUGGCCGAACAGCCAAUCAGAACAGCUCUCUGUCAUCUGCUGCCUAUACAGCAUGCUCAGUCAGUGAAACAGCUGUAGAGGAGGGUCAGCUAGAGCCCAAAGCAAAAACUGCAGCAGGCAGCUUGGUGUGUCCGCCAAGAACUGACCACUGACUGAAUUCAUUUUGUUAAAGUGAGAACAGCUACAGUGCAGCAGGUGGUUUAGCUUUAAUCCUGCAGUUUCAUUUAUUUACAUUUCUAUAUGCUACAAAUGUAGACAGCAGGCAGGGUUCUCCGACUGUCAAAAAGAAUAGAAGUAGAAGCCAAAACCACGUCAUCUGUUUUACAGACAUUUUAAAGGACAGUGCCUGCUGGAUAUGUGGCCUUACAGUUUUGCGCGCGCACACACACACACACACACACACACACACACACACACACACACACACACACACAGAUAAAUAAAUAAAUACUUAUUGGCUAUCUAAUAUCUCCUAAUAUUGUGGUGCUAUUUGAACCACUGCCAGCAUCAUAGUGCUGCGAUCAAGUUGUACCUAAAAUUAUGAUAACUUUAGACGUUAGCUGUGCCAUUGCAUGUUUUCACAGAAUUUUUGGUCAGAACUCAUUCCAACCUCAGCAUUAAACUUAAAUUGUAAACUUGAUGGUUCAUACACCACGACAUACAGUAUAUGUUCUACUGUACUUAACCUGCUCCACUCUGGUUCUUCACCUUCAUCGGAAGAGAGAAAGAAAGAAACGCAAGCAAUUUACUGAAAUUGCCGUAUAUUUUAGUGGUGGGAGUCUCUAGGCACUGAUUCAAUUCCGAUGGAUUGGAGAGCUACAAAUCCAUGAUUAAAUGGUUAUCAAUGCAUCUUGAUGCAUCAAAAUAUUUGAUUUCUAAACUUGAUUUAUUUUUUGCUCAUGUGUGACUACUUGCUACUUUUAAAGAUUAGGUAUUAUGCAAAUUUUCAGGUUCAAAAUCUUAUUUAGGGGUUGUACCAGAACAGGACCAAUAAAAUACUACUACAGGGCUACUUCCUGUCGGCACCAGCGUCUACUGCUCAUGAUCGCGCAGCAUAACCAUGGUUUAAUGACCUAGAGCAACGGCAGAAAUACCGUAAUUCUGGUAGCACCACCAAAAAGUCAGCCCACCUGUCAAAACACCAAUGCAGUGUCACUCAUGGCCAAAUAGUUAUUAAUUAUUAUUAACAUUCAACAGGUGGCCACAAUAAUAUUUCUGCGGAUGACUUGACUUUUCUACAUUGAGACAAAAUUCAAGAGCGAAUUGCGAUGCAUCUAAAACUCAAAUUGCUUCAACCCCGACGCCUAGUUAAUAUGGUGUAUAAACAUACUGACGAUGAGUCCAUGCAAAAGCUGCAAUGAUUGAUUUGGUUUGCUUUAUCACAAUACUGAGCCAGCACGAGAGGUAGGCAGCAAUCCUAAAAGAGCCCCUUCAGAGAGUAGGGAUUGGCCAGAGUGACAUACAAGUAAUAAUACAUAAACACACACACACUUUACUUUCUGUUAAACAAACACCUUUUCUCCGGUUGCCAAUACUUUUGUCUAAACUAAAACUUGUUAGACUGAAACGCUGGAUGUUACUUCUACAUGUUUACAGUACGCUUUCUAUUCAUACACAGUACAUGUUGUAUUUACAAGGGUAGACAAAAUAUUAGGAGCACCUCAGAUUACCAUAGCGUGGACCCUCUGACAAACAAAGUGAACAUUAUCAGCUACACAGGUCGUUUGGUGGGUGGUGAUGGCGCAAUAGAUAAGACUAUGCCUUUGGUGUGAGAGACCUGGUUCAAUCCACCAAUGUGUCCCUGAGCAAGACAGUUAACCCCUAGUUGCUCCAGAGGCGUGCGACCUCUGACAUGUAUAGCAAUUUUAAGUUGCUUUGGAUAAAAGCAUCAGCUAAAUGAGUAAAUGUAUUGUGUAUCUUGUACGGCUGUUGGUUGCAUUUUGUCCACCCUCCGGCUGGCUUCACUGCUUAGGAGAAACCGGGACUGUUAGAAAGAACCUUAUCGCAAAUCUUUUCAGCCAAAAGCCUUAACUUACUGCCAUCAGUUCAUUUAAUAUCACAUUUCUAUGCACUUCCCAAUGAAAAAAAAACUAAAGAUUUUAUUUACCUAUUUUUUUUAAACAACAGUAUUUUAUCACACAGACUCUUUCUGGGUGUAAACGAACAAGCCAAAUAAUUACAACUCUUUGUAUCUAUCUUACAACUGACAUGUAGUUCUAUAUAUUUUUCUCCUUUUGACAUAUGAAGGACAUGUAAGUGUUGAUAAAUAUACAUUACAGUAUCUGGUGAAUGUCUGACUUAGCAGUGUUACUGUUUGUGUUUAUAUACACACACAUUCUGUAUAUAUAAUCAUAGUCCUGUAAAGUUUAAAGUAUUGCUGUGGCUUUUCUUUUGUUAUUGAGUUCAAAGGCUACUACAUCUGUUUAUUUCAUUUAUUGCUGUUGACCCAUGGUGAGUAAACUUGACUUUAACAGAUACUUUGUUAUAGAAGAAAGGAGAGGCUUUCACAUAUGUACACCCACAGCACAACAACAUUAUGCUGAUGAGCCCCGAGCAGCUACUCUGUGAGGUUUUCACCAGUAAUUUGUGGUUGUUGUGUAUAGUCAACUUUCACAGGCAGUAUUUGUGUUCAGAGAACAUACUUUGUCAAGCUCACUUCUCUUAUCAUUUUGCUUUCACGCAAAGGACAAACCAUGCUCAUUAAACUGAAGUAAUAAUUUCUGAUUCUGUCUUGUAAAACUCAUUGUCAUAUUAUUUUUAUAUUACAUUUUAUUCAGAAUUUUAGUUUUUGCAGCAAUAUUUUUUAUACAGUUUGCUAAUGUUUGAUAUGGGUUUAUCUUGAAUAUAAUAGCCUACGUAUGAGGACUUUAAAUAAAGACGCUAUCAAAAAGCA